AUGGCAGAGCCAACUCCAACUGAUACUACUAUAUUAUCAGCCAUCCCAUCUGCUGUCGCAUCAGCGGUCGCAUCAGCUGCCGGUACUCCCCAGUCUCUACCUCCUAUGGAUCCUGAUGAGCGCGCCAAGUCCUUGCAUGUGUCGCUGGCCGACCUGACGGCGAGGGCGAACGCGCUGUAUGCGCAGAAGAAGUAUGAAGAUGCAGCCGAAGUCUUCUCCCAGGCUACCGAAAUGCAGGCCGAGAUCAAUGGCGAGAUGGCCCCCGAAAAUGCGGAUAUUCUAUUUCUUUACGGUCGCAGCCUCUUCAAGGUUGGCCAGAGCAAGAGCGACGUCUUAGGUGGAAAGCCCACUGGCGAAAAGAAGUCUAAUGGUGCCGCGGACAAGAAAUCGAAGGGGAAAAAAUCUCAGACCGAAGUUGAGAGCGAAAAGGUACCUGAUGCUAAGAAACCGCUUUUCCAAUUUACAGGUGACGAGGAGUUUGAGGACUCGGACGAGGAAGAGGAGGCUGAAGGCGAGGAAGAAGAAGACGAUGAUGAUCUGGCUGUCGCGUUUGAGAUUCUAGACUUAGCACGUGUGCUUUUCGAGAAGUCUUUGGAACGAGAAGAGGAAGACACUUCAGAAGGGAAGGGAAAGGAAAAGGUUGAAGAGGAUAGCCCUGCCGUCAAGCAUAUCAAGGAACGACUUGCAGAUACCCAUGAUCUUCUAGCAGAGAUCUCCCUCGAAAAUGAGAAGUAUCCACUAGCAAUUAACGAUUGCCGUGCCUCUCUAAAGUACAAAGAGGGUCUCUAUUCUCAAGAGUCAGAGGUGAUAGCCGAAGCACACUUUAAACUUUCGUUGGCUCUCGAAUUUGCAUCCGUUACUACAAACGCUGAAGACGAAGCCGGUGCGGGACCAAAACCAGUCGACGAAGACUUGCGGAAAGAAGCGGCUGAAGAGUUGGAGAAGGCUAUCGCGAGCACAAAACUCAAGCUUGACGCCAAAGAGGUCGAUCUCGCGAUGCUCCACGCGCCUGAGGAUAACGACGCUACACGGAAGCAGAUCGCCGAGGUUAAGGAGUUGAUCGUGGACAUGGAGCAACGGCUUGUCGAGCUCCGAAAACCCCCCAUGGACGUCAACUCGGUUCUCGCAUCUGACGACACCAUGCUCGGAGUACUCGGUACGGCGCUGGGCGAGUCGACCGCGAAUAAGGAAGCGAGACUUGAGGAAGCGAAGAAGGGUGCCAAGGAUGUAUCCGGCCUAGUGCGCAAGAAGGCUAAAGAUGAUACCAAAUCCGAAACCGAGCAAGCGAAGGGGACGAACGGAAAGCGCAAGGCUGAGGACACCGCGCCAGGUGAGGAAGAGACCAAGAAAACUAAGGUCGAAGAACCCACACAGUCCUAA